GUUCCAUCACAGUUCACACAAAGCUUCUUUUAAUAUUAGUAUUUAAGUAAAAGUUUAUCGAAAUACUGCAACUGCGCAUCACUAAGUGUCGUUAUACCGGGGCAUUGCGGCGUUGACAGUGGGCAUGGAGUUGGACAUGGAGGAGGCGGCAGCUGUUGGCAGCCCCGGCGCGGAGACCAAGACCGGCAUGGCAGCAGAAACAGCCGGCGAUUCGCCGCCCACAGUGGAGAAAGCGAAGAAAGUGCACAAAGAGUGUGCAAAUGGUACAGGCUCGGGCUCAGUGUCGGGUUCGGGUCCACCCUCGCCGGAGCGGACUUGGCGUGGCGUGCCCAUCGAGGAUAUACACCGCGGCCUGCCACUGUUCCAGCUGGAGCAUAUGGGUGCCGUGUCGCCCAAUAGCUUGAACCGCGUAAUGCACAAGCAUCCCAUACGCGAGUCGAUCGAGGUGCCGCCGCGUCCGUUCAAGGGCGCCGGCAAAUGGGACUCGGACCAUGUGCGUCUGCCCUGCGCACCGGAGAGCAAAUAUCCGCGCGACAAUGGCGAUGGCAGCACAACGAUCGGUUCCCGCUGGGAGAUGAUCGAGCGGGCACUGCUGCAGCCGAUUGCCAGCAGCGAGCAGCUGCAGGAUGCGAUACUCUCGUACAACACAACGUACAAGGGCAAGUGGAAUUUUCGUGCGCUGCACCAGCUGCUCGAGGAGGAGCUGGACGAGAGCGAGACAAAGGUGUUCUUCGAGGAUCUCCUGCCACGCAUCAUUCGUCUGGCCCUGCGUCUGCCCGAUAUCGUACAGGCCUCCCUGCCCCUGCUCAAACAGCAUACGAACGGCAUGAUCACACUCACCCAGCAGCAGAUCUCGUGCCUGCUGGCCAAUGCCUUUCUAUGUACCUAUCCGCGCCGCAAUACGCUCAAGCCCAAGUCGGAGUACAGCACCUUUCCGGACAUCAAUUUCAAUAGGCUCUACCAAUCGUCGGGUGCUGCCGUGCUGGAGAAGCUCAAGUGCAUUAUGCACUAUUUCCGUCGUGUCUGUCCCACGGAACGGGAUGGCAGCAAUGUGCCCACCGGCUGUGUGACAUUUCUACGGCGCAGCAUCGAGCCGGACCAAACGACGAUUUGGAAUCAAGUCACGCAGCCACUGGGUGACGUGCCAUUGCAUGUGAAUUCGGCCGGAACGAUUGAGGACCAGGGCGUCGGCCUGCUGCAGGUGGAUUUCGCCAACAAGUAUCUGGGCGGCGGCGUUCUCGGCCAUGGCUGUGUGCAGGAGGAGAUCCGCUUUGUCAUUUGCCCGGAGCUGUUGGUGAGCAAACUCUUCACGGAAUCCCUACGUCCCACAGAGGCGCUGAUGGUGCUCGGUGCGGAGCGCUAUAGCAAUUACACGGGCUAUGCCGGCACCUUCACCUGGUCCGGCAAUCACGAGGAUCUGACGCCGCGCGACAGUUCGCGACGCCGCCAGACGGCAAUUGUGGCCAUCGAUGCGCUACAGUUUGCCAAUGCCACACAUCAGUAUCGCGAGGAUCUGGUGGAGCGUGAGCUGAAUAAGGCACACUGCGGCUUCAUGCAUGCAAUGGCCAGCGAGCCGCCGGGCGUGGCCACGGGCAAUUGGGGCUGCGGUGCCUUUGGCGGCGAUGCUCGUCUCAAGUCGCUGCUGCAGCUGAUGGUCUGUGCCACACUGCGCCGCCCGCUGGCCUACUACACCUUCGGCAACAUCCGGCUGCGCGACGAGCUGCACGAGAUGUGGCAACUGUUCCGCAGCCAGGGCACCACCGUGCGUCAGCUCUGGACCGUGCUGCGUCGCUUCGACUACAGUCUGCGCACCAAUCCAUCGCCGUCGAGCCAGUCAGCAACCAAGCCCAAUCUCUAUGACUAUAUACGCGAUGAGCUGAAGAAGAAAACGCCACCAUCGUCGUCGGGUUCCACGCCGCAGCCGAUCAAGAAGCUGAACACCGCCAGCAAUGAACAAAGUCCAGAGCUGUUUGCCUCGCAGGACGACUCGACUUGCUCACCGGCCGCCCUACUGCUCUCCGACGAUGAAGAGGCGAAUGCCAUGAUGAUGGCCGCCAGCCUGGAGGCCACGCCCAGCGAGAUCAGCCAGCCAGCAGCAGCAGUAACAGCAGCAGCAGCAGCAACAGCAGCAGGUGGAGGCUCACCUCCAAAGGAAACUGCUCCUAAACUGCGACAACUAACGCUUCUGGAUAUGCUAGACAGCCACUACGAUCAGGGCCAGGCCUCGAAGCGUCCGCGUCCACCACAUAGCAGCUCCACAGGCCAAGGUCCGGCCAAGAGUCGCAAGGAAAAUGAAGAUGAUGGGGAGGCAACACCAUCUUAAAUGGCGUGGGCGAGUGGGGAGGGAUGGCAGGGAAUUUUGACUAAGUGAUAUUAUUCUAAAAGGUUUUUUUUAACACUUGAACACAGCGAGAGCGAGAGAGAGAUAGAAAGUAUAUGAUUAUGUGAGUGCAGGACGAACGUAGAAAGAACUUGCUCAGCGACAGGUGCAGCUGCUCAGCAUAAGUUUUAAGUUAAGAGUUAGUUAAGUUCAUUUAGUUCUCAAAUUAAUCUGUUAGUUACACUUGAAAAUGAUUGUGUUGCAUAAACCCUUCGGGGCAAACGUAAGCUAACGUGUGGCAGGCAUUCGAACACGAACUCAAAUUGUUUAUGAAGCAAAUGCGCAUGGGAAUGGGAUUAGAGAAUCAAUGGCAGAUUCGCCACCACACUACACCCCAAAACUAUACACUACUCGCGCCCAAGAAACGCUUUCUUCUGCUGCAACGUGGACGGGUAAUUAUUUGUAUAAUGUUUCAAGGGUUUAGUUUAGAUUGAAUUUCGGUCAAUUGACCUGAACUGGCUCUCGACUUCGUCCAAAGGCCUGAGCCGGUAGUCUGUUUAGAUCAAUUGCUCGAUAUCUAAUCUAAAAUAAAGCCUUGCAAAGUUAUCAAAAAUAAUCUUAGCCAAUAUACACUGCCCUCCGGCUAGGCUUGUACGUUCCAAAUAAGUUCCUAUUCUCCUGGAUGGUAGGUCGAGUGGUGCCACAGUGGCAGGUCGGGCAUCAGGUAACUUUUUCGUCAUCAACGUUUUAGUGCCCAUCCCGUGCCGUCUCUUCCGCAAAUAUCAGCAUGUGAAUUUUAUUUGUGCAUUUUUGCUAUUUAUACAUUUGAAUCAAUGAACAGAAUGUGAGCAUUAUUAAUUUCUGCAUAGCCUGUUUGGCAUUUAUUUUUUAUAUUUUUGUAAGCAUAAUGUUUUUUAUUUAUAGUAUUUGAUUUAAAUUUAUGAAAGAAAUCCACUGGAAAAAGAUUUUCCCAUCUACAUAUAUUUUAUUCGCUUACUCACACUCACUCCUCUCUCUCUCUCUCUCUCCAUUGUCUGAUGGGGUAACCAAAAAAAUAUUAAUUAGAAGAAAAAAACAUCACUCAAAGAGUUUUAGAACUUUUCAAAUGUUUUGUUUAUAUAAAAAUACAGAUAAAAUGUAGAAACCAAAUUGUAAAACCAAUAGCUAUACGCAGAUACAUAUAUACCGUACAUAUAUAUAUAUAUAUAUAUA